CCGCCCCAGGCCGAGGCCACGGCGCGCCCACUGGAGCAAGCGGUCCUGUGGCCUGGUGCCUUCUCCGGACCCAGCGACCAGGUGGAAGCCAGAAAGGAAAAAGGUUGUGGUGGGAGAUCUCAUGACCAUCAAGGGAGACCAGUAGAGGAAAGGGUCCAGGAGUUAGAGAUGCUGUUUUAAUCAUAUAUGAGAAGUUGGACCAGAGAUGGAAAACUUUAUUCUGUAUGAGGAGAUUGGCAGAGGAAGCAAGACUGUUGUCUACAAAGGGCGACGGAAGGGAACAAUCAAUUUUGUGGCCAUUCUUUGUACUGAGAAGUGCAAAAGGCCUGAAAUAACCAACUGGGUCCGUCUCACCCAUGAAAUUAAACACAAGAAUAUUGUAACUUUUCACGAAUGGUAUGAAACCAGUAAUCAUCUCUGGCUGGUGGUGGAACUCUGCACAGGUGGUUCCUUAGAAACAGUUAUUGCUCAAGAUGAAAAUCUCCCAGAAGAUGUUGUGAGAGAGUUUGGGAUUGACCUGAUUACUGGAUUACAUCAUCUUCAUAAACUUGGCAUUCUCUUUUGUGACAUUUCUCCUGGGAAGAUACUCUUGGAAGGACCUGGCACUUUGAAGUUUAGCAAUUUUUGCUUGGCAAAAGUGGAAGGUGAAAGUUUGGAAGAGUUCUUUGCUUUGGUGGCAGCAGAAGAAGGAGGAGGUGACAGUGGGGAAAAUGUACUGAAGAAGAGUAUGAAAAAUAGAGUCAAAGGAUCUCCUAUAUAUACAGCACCAGAGGUUGUGAGGGGUACUGACUUCUCUGUUACCAGUGAUCUCUGGUCAUUGGGCUGCCUGCUUUAUGAAAUGUUUUCAGGAAAACCUCCAUUCUUCUCAGAAAGUGUUUCAGAAUUAAUUGAAAAGAUUUUAUAUGAAGAUCCUUUACCACCUAUUCCAAAAGAUCCUUCACUUCCUAAGGCAUCUUCAGAUUUUAUUCAUUUGCUUAAUGGGUUACUUCAAAAAGACCCUCAGAAAAGAUUAACUUGGACUGGACUACUGCAGCAUUCAUUUUGGAAGAAUGCUUUCAUGAGAGAAGACCAGGAAUCAAACAUGGAGGGUUUCAGCUUCAGUGGCAGAAAUGUGAUGGAGUGUUCGGAGCCACAAGAGUCCAAGGAGCUUUUGCAGAAUCCUCAGAAUGGACAAGGAAAAGGGCAGAAGGGUGGUCAACGGCUAAGCCAGUCUUUCAGACUCGAAAAUCCAACUGAGUUGCGACCAAAGAAUACUAUUGGGGGUCAAUUGAAUGAAUCCAUAUUUCUUCUCAGUUCUCGUCCUACUCCAAGAACUAGCACUGCAGUGGGAUUAAGUCCUGGUGAGGAUAUGACUCAGAACUCACCCCAGAAGACCUCUCCUUUGACCAAGGUGACAAACGGACACCUGAGCCAGGAGGCCCUGGAAUCCCAGAUGAGAGCACUAAUCUACACAGACUCAGAUCUUGUCGUCACCCCAAUCAUUGACAACCCCAAGAUUAUGAAGCAACCACCAGUUAAAUUUGAUCCCAAAAUUUUGCAUCUACCAGCCCAUUCAGUUGACAAGUUGUUAUUUCUGAAAGACCAAGAUUGGAAUGACUUUUUGCAACAAGUAUGCUCACAGAUUGACUCCACUGAGAAGAGCACGGCGGCCUCCCGCGCCAAGCUGAACCUCCUCUGCUAUCUAUGUGUGGUGGCUGGUCACAAGGAGGUAGCCACCAGGCUGCUGCACUCCCCGCUGUUCCAGUUGCUAGUCCAGCAUUUGCGAAUAGCUCCAAACUGGGAUAUACGGGCCAAAGUUGCUCGGGUAAUUGGUUUGCUGGCCUCGCACACGACUGAGCUCCAGGAAAAUACACCUGUUAUUGAGGCAGUUGCCCUCUUAACUGAAUUAAUUAGGGAGAACUUCAGGAACAGCAAAUUAAAACAGUGCCUUUUACCGACCCUUGGGGAGCUGAUCUAUCUUGUAGCCACCCAGGAAGAAAAAAAAAAGAACCCCAGAGAAUGCUGGGCCGUUCCCUUGGCUGCUUACACCGUGCUAAUGAGGUGCCUUCGGGAAGGGGAAGAACGUGUUGUGAAUCACAUGGCUGCAAAGAUUAUUGAGAAUGUCUGCACAACUUUUUCAGCUCAGGCGCAGGGCUUUAUUACAGGAGAAGUUGGACCUGUUUUAUGGUACUUAUUCAGACAUUCCACUGUUGAUUCUCUUAGGAUAACAGCAAUAUCGGCCUUGUGUAGAAUCACUCGCCAGUCUCCUACAGCCUUCCAGAAUGUUAUUGAGAAGGUGGGAUUGAACUCCAUAAUCAACUCCCUGGCCUCUGCCAUCUGCAAAGUUCAGCAGUACCUGUUGACCUUAUUUACUGCCAUGUUGUCCUGCGGGAUUCAUCUUCAAAGACUAAUCCAAGAAAAGGAUUUCGUCUCCACAAUCAUCCGUCUCCUUGAUAGCCCCUCAACUUCCAUCAGAGCAAAAGCCUUCCUGGUACUUUUGUAUAUUGUGAUGCACAACCGUGAGAUGUUGCUGCUCGGCUGCCAAGCAAGGCUGGUGAUGUACAUCGAGAGGGACAGCAGAAAGACCACUCCGGGCAAGGAGCAGCAAGGCAGUGGUGAAUACCUGUUGAGAUGCCUGGAUCUUCUCAUCCGUCACAUUGUGCAGGAACUGCCACGAAUCCUCUGUGACAUUCUAAACGCCUUGGCUAAUGUCUCUGGUCGGAAACACCCAUCCACAGUUCAAGCAAAACAACUGAAGCUGUGUCUCCCCCUGAUGCCUGUAGUACUUCACCUCGUCACUUCUCAGGUAUUUCGACCUCAAGUUGUAACAGAAGAGUUUCUUUUCAGUUACGGAACUAUUCUUAGUCAUAUUAAGUCAAUAGACUCAGGAGAAACUAACAUAGAUGGAGCCAUAGGAUUGACAGCAUCAGAAGAAUUUAUCAAGAUCACAUUGUCAGCUUUUGAAGCAAUAAUACAAUAUCCUCUUUUAUUGAAGGAUUAUCGCUCUACGAUUGUUGAUUAUAUCCUGCCACCCUUGAUCUCCUUGGUUCAAAGUCAAAAUGUGGAGUGGAGACUCUUCAGCUUACGGUUGCUGUCAGAAACCACAUCUCUACUUGUGAACCAGGAGGAUGGGGAUGGCGAGGAGGAAGUGAACAUUGAUUCUGAGGGCAAUCUUCUGGCUCUUGUGAGAGAUGUCUUACUUCCCCAGUAUGAGCACAUCCUCAUGGAACCAGACCCAGUACCAGCGUACGCUCUCAAACUGCUGGUCGCAAUGACUGAACACAACCCGACUUUUACCAGACUUGUGGAAGAAAGCAAACUGAUCCCACUCAUUUUUGAAGUAAUUCUGGAACAUCAGGAGAACAUUCUGGGUAACACCAUGCAAAGUGUGAUUGCCCUACUCAGCAAUCUGGUUGCCUGCAAAGAUUCCAAUAUGAAGCUACUUUAUGAACAAGGACUUGUCAGUCACGUCUGUAACCUGUUCACUGAAACUGCCACACUGUGCUUGGAUGUGGACAAUAAAAAUAACAAUGAGAUGGCAACCACACUGCUGUUUUCCCUGCUUGAUAUUUUGCAUGGCAUGCUGACCUAUACAUCCAGCGUCGUUCGACUGGCUUUGCAGGCCCAGAAGUCUGGCUUAGGAGGGGACACUCAGGCUGCAGAAGACCUGCUGCUGCUUUGCAAACCACUGACAGACCUAAUUAGCCUACUUAUUCCACUGCUUCCUAGUGAGGAUCCUGAAAUUUUUGAGUUGUCAUCCAAGUGUCUGUCUAUACUGGUUCAGCUAUAUGGAGGGGAAAACCCAGACAGCCUGUCCCCCGAAAAUGUGGAAAGUUUUGCUGAUUUGCUGGCAUCCAAGGAGGAUCCGAAGGAGCAGAAGCUUCUGCUGAGGAUUCUCAGAAGGAUGAUCACCUCCAAUGAGAAGCACCUAGAAAGCCUCAAGAAUGCUGGCAGCCUUCUGCGGGCUCUGGAGCGACUGGCUGCAGCUGAUGGUUUAUCUGUUGACAAUGUGGUGGCUUCCUUGGCCCUGGAAAUUCUCCAAGCCGUGGGGAUGAAGCAGGAAGGCAUUUAGCGCAGGACCACUCUGCAACACCAACCUUUGGCUGCAUGGGUAUUCAGAACUUGCUAUGUGACUCAGUGUCUACAUCCCACCCAGGAACACAGGCAGUUUCCUUUGACCUCGCAGAGCCUGCUUCAUGUCCAUGGUGAGAAGGCCUCACGGAUUUAAGUCCUGCUAGGUGAGGUGCCUAUGGCUCAGGCCCAACUGCAUCUGCCAGUAACUGGUGGAGCAGCCAGAGGCCAGGAUCAGCUUCAGGGGCUUUGCCUGUUGGGUCCAGAGAACAGGCACAGGUCUCCCCGUUUUCUUAGACCUCCACUCCUCCUUUUAUUUCACUUGUUCCUGGGGGAACUACCUUAAGGUGCAGGGUGUGGAGUCUUCCCAGAAGUAUUUCAGAGCAAUGAAAGAGUCUUCUUUCCCCUUUCCAUUUGAGCAUGGAGUAAUCUUCAGUAUUUCACACAAAACAGGAAGGUGUUUAGUAUUCCAGAAUCACUGUGUUGAUUGGACCACUCCUGGCCAGAGUUCAACAGCACUGCCUGUGUACUCCCUGCCCCCCACAAGCCCCAACAUUUCAAUUUACAGGAAAGAGCCUAUGGCACCUCCCCCUCCCCAGGUAGGGACUAUUCUGGUUUUCGUAGUCAUCUAAGCGCUUUGCUUUUUUUUAGUUUUAUCAUCUUAUGAAUACUUUCCUUAAAAUAGCUUGUCUCUCCCUCCUUUUUCAAAUCAAGUCCUACAGAAUGCAUUAGUAAAUUGCUUGUUCAGUAUUGUGUGAGAGCUAUAAACUGUAAUGUACUCACACCCAUAUUGUGUGAACCUGUGGCUCUUUUAUUGUAGUAUGUGUUUUGCAUGAACAAAGACACCAGGACACAUGGGCUUGCAGUGUGGACUGUCAGUCACACCAUGCUCUGGAGACAUCCUGGAGUUUUGAGGGAAGAGAAAAAAAUGGGUACUGAUACUACCUUACUACCUUUAUUUAAAACCCUGGUAUUUUGGUGUAACAGGUAUUUUUCUGGCCAUCUAAUAGUUCUACACCUUUAUGAGUUUUCCUCACUGACCUAUGCUACUUUCCAAGUGCCUACAUCCUAGUUUGUCCCAUUAAUAUACAUUUCUAAUCCUGUGCCAACAGCAGCCCACUACCUCUUUCAAGUUAGGCUUGACAGCUAUAAGAAUAAGGCUUUCUCUCUUUAAUUGUCUUGGUU